AUGCUUGUGGAUCUUACAUUUUUCAAGUUACUUCGCCGUGUAGAGUCAUCUGGGGUCUUCUACUUUAAUGAAAACGACUCACUGGCCCCCCAAUCGUUGCUAGAGCGGGCAGAGCUCGGUCCAACGCCGGCAGAGGUCCUCACGGAAGAAGCACCGAAGCACAAUCGACGUGCCUCCUCCUCGCUGUCCUCCGGUCCGAUGCCUGAGUCGGAGGUCGGAGAAGACGUCUUUGAGUCGGCUCUUCUCGAGCAACAGAGACUAUCAAGUCCCGCUUCAGCCCCAGAUGUCGCAUCAUCUAUCUCAAUGCCUCAGGGCAAUGCCUCUAGCUCGUUGGAGAUGAGCACUUCGGGCACACUGGGUGCAGAACCAACCCCUAUUCAGCAAUCCCCGACGAAGGUGCAGACAGAUCAGGAGGAUGAGGUGAAGACGGAGAAGACCUCUCUGAAGCUGAACGGUUCUCUCACCGAAGUGCGGAUUGAAGUACCCGCUGGUGGCACCGGCGUUGCUCCUAUUCUGUCAAAAUUGCGUGUCGAUGAGGAAUCGAUAGCCACCACUACUAGCUCAGAGAUUGAAGUCAUUUCCACAUGCACUUCUGUCUGCGAGGACUCAAUCCCCCACCUCAACGUGUGA